AUGCACUGCCUUAGUGCGUUAUCAUUGGCAGAACUGGAUCCUGAAAAAUUCAUGAAAGAUGCUAAGCACCUACACUGCUUUAAGAAUCUGGAACUGAAUUGUGAAAAGGAAGACAGAAGAGAAAGAGCUAAAAUUAAAAUAUAUUCACCCCCCCCCCCCCCCCCCACACACACACAAAGUACAAAGGCCUCUUCAACACCUUCCCCCGGCGUCCCACAGAGUUUGUACUGGCUGCUUCCAAGCAGCAACAGUGGUCAAAUGGUGGACCCGCUGGAGAAAGUGGAGCUGCAGAUCGGAGACCCAGCACUUUCAUGAACCAAAUUUCUUGAAGCUACACCUGCAGUAUCAGCUGAAGAAGAAGAGUUUGCCUUUAUAAGUACAGAAAAUGCAUGUUUUCUGAAAACAUGGUGGGACCUCCUGAAAGAAGGCUAUGAUUCUUUGAAGCCCGACUACAGAUUUAGCUGUGGAAUAACUCAUACUUUUUCACUUAUGAUAUUUGCACAUGUGCCUUAUGUAUUGGAUAAUCUCCAGUAG